AUGGCAUCUGACUGUGCCAUACUCAAGAGAUACAACAGCUUCCUCGGAAGUGGAACACCAGUUUUCAUCUCCACUUCCACAGGAGGGACUGGAAGCUUGACAACAUCCAUGAGUCCAGUCCAGGGGACAAUAUUUCCAAACCCCAACUGUGAUCCAAUGAUGGACGCACAGCUCAUUGGAGGAGCUAUACAAGGAUUCGGUUGCGACAAGGACGUCUUGAUUGAUAUUCUUACCCAACGCAGCAGUGCACAAAGAACUAUGAUUGCAGAGGCCUAUGGCGGUUUGUAUGGCAAGAACUUGCUUGAAGAGUUGAGAGAAAAACUGGAUGGCCAUUUUAAGGACGUUAUGGUUGGCUUGAUGUACUCUCCACCAGCCUUUGACGCCCAUGAACUAUGGCAUGCUAUGAAGGGAGCUGGCACCGAUGAAAAUUGCCUUAUUGAUAUUUUAGUUUCAAGAACAAGUUCAGAUAUAUUUCAGUUGAAGGAAGCCUAUUUAUUGCAAUAUGGCAACAAUUUGGAUCAAGAGAUUUAUUCUGAAACCUCAGGGCAUUUUAGAGAUGCUUUAAUAAACUUAGCCCAGGGAGUAAGAGAGGAAGGAUAUGCAGAUCCUGGAAUGGCAGCUCAGGAUGCCAUGGUUCUGUGGGAAGCAUGUCAAAGAAGAACAGGGGAGCACAAAAACUUGAUGCAAAUGAUCUUAUGCAAUAAAGGCUACCAGCAGUUAUGGAUGGUUUUUCAGGAAUUUCAGAAUAUAUCCGGACAGGACAUAGCAGCAGCCAUUGAAGAAUGCUUCGAUGGAUACUUUCAGCAGCUACUCUUGGCAAUAGUGUCUUGUGUUCGAGACAGGCCAUCGUAUUUUGCGUACAGGUUGCACUCUGCAAUUCAUGAUUUUGGUUUCCACAAUAAAACAAUUAUAAGGACCAUCAUAGCUAGAAGUGAAAUAGAUCUCCUGACUAUUAGGCAGAAAUACAAGGAGAGAUGUGGAAAAUCCCUCCACCAUGACAUUAAGCACUUUGCUUCAGGACACUAUGAGAAGGCCUUGCUUGCAAUUUGUGCUGGUGAUGGACAAGACUAUUGA